ACGUGAGGGGGCGGGGCUGCCUGCGGAAGGGGCCGUGCGCGUGGGGUCGCUCCGCAGCUGCGAGUUCAUGGCGUCCCGGUGCUCCGAGCCCGACCCGGAGGUCUCCGGAGUCCCCACCGUCAGGGGAUUUAACGGCUCCUCCCUGUCUGGUGCCCUCUCCUGCUGCGAGGACUCGGCCCAGGGCUCGGGCCCGCCCAAGGGCCCUACGGUGGCCGAGGGUCCCAGCUCCUGCCUUCGGCGGAACGUGAUCGGCGAGAGGGAGCGCAGGAAGCGAAUCUCGUUGAGCUGUGAGCGUCUGCGGGCCCUGCUGCCCCAGUUCGAUGGCCGGCGGGAGGACAUGGCCUCAGUCCUGGAGAUGUCUGUGCAGUUCCUGCGGCUUGCCAGCGCCCUGGGGCCCAGUCAGGAGCAGCACGCUGAAAUGUGGCACUCGUUGCAGGAGGACGUUUUACAGUUGACGCUGUCGAGUCAGAUUCAAGCAGGCGUGCCAGACGCUGGGACGGGAGCGUCCAGCGGGACUCAAACCCCAGAUGUGAAGGCGUUUCUGGAAAGUCCUUGGUCCCAGGAUCUGGCAUCGGCCAGCCCAGAGCCCCUGCCGCACAUCCUUGCGUCCUCCAGGCAGUGGGACCCCGCGAACUGCACGUCCCUGGGCACGGACAAGUGUGAGGCACUGUUGGGGCUGUGCCAGGUGCGGGGUGGGCUGCCCCCUUUCUCAGGAACUUCCAGCCUGGCGCCGUGGCCCCCAGGCCGGAGUCUUCCUAAGGCUGUGAGGCCACCCCUGUCCUGGCCUCCGUUCUCGCAGCAGCAGACCUUGCCUGUGAUGAGCAGGGAGGCCCUUGGCUGGCUGGGCCAGGCUGGGCCCCUGGCCUUGGGAGCUGCACCUCUAGGGGAGCCAGCCAAGGAGGACCCCAUGUUUGCGCAGGAGGCCAGGUCUGUGUUGGGAUCUGAUGUGGAGGAUGGGACGUCCUUCCUGCUGACUGCUGGUCCCAGCUGGUGGCCGGGGUCCCUGGAGGGUCGAGGAGGCAGUGGCCCUGCAUGGGCCGCAGCUGAGAGCAGUCUACUGGAUAAUGGAGAGCCAGGCUUCCUAGGGGACCCUGAGCCUGGCUCCCAGGAGCUCCAGGACAGCCCUGUGGAGCCGUGGGGCCUGGAUGUGGACUGUGCAGGCCUGGCCCUGAAGGACGAGGUGGAGAGCAUCUUCCCUGACUUCUUUGCCUGCUAGCAGCCAGGCUGUGGAGAGGAGGUGGGCGGGGCUGGCGGAUCUGGAGCCGUGUGUGUCCCUGUCGCGUGCUUGGGCAUUUUAUUUUGGGUUUGGGUUGCAGCUGCACCCUAAUUUGAGCGAGGCUUACAGGCUGUGAGAAGAGGAUACUGAAUAUUAAAGAGGGAAAGCAGUUUUCCUGGAGGAAGC